GCGAGCAGUGGCGUGAUGUGCUGUAGAGCGACGAAUAUCGUUUGCUUCACGCAUCGCCGCCCUCUACUCCCAUCAAGAAGUUUGCUUGACACGUCGGGAGUGAUGAGAGCCAUGGGAUCGUUGCAAUUGGCGUUGAAGCGGGGCCUCCUGUUGUUCAACAUUGUGCUAGUGCUGUACCUGUGCCUCUCAUGGACCUCCACCUCGCCCAAGCAGCACUCAUCCUCCGCCAGGGACGUCAUAAAGUACAAGGCUACCAUCCACUCCCUGCACAAUGACACCAGUGUCCUCAAGAGCUUCAAACAUGGAAAACCAGAAGCGACGCCUGUGGUAGAUACUCCUGACCCGCCACUGGACUCCCUAGAGCGCAAAAUGUUCCCAGACCUGAAAGAGUGCGCGACGAUGCCGCUGCAACCUUCCUACCAGCAACGGGGCGACUACUGGGUCCUUCAGAACUACCUGCCGGCGGCGAUGUCGUUCCGGUGUGACGAGUCCAUCACGUUCACUACCCAUGGUGACUACACCUUCCUCCACAACCUUAUACCAAUCACGUCCCGCUGGAAGGGCCCCGUGAGUAUGGCUUUGUACGCGCCUGGUGAUGACUUCAACGCCACGGUCAACACCAUCCUGUAUCUUCGUGACUGCUGGGCUGAGGACAUCAAGAAGCACGUCACUUUCCACCUCUUCUUCGAGGCCAAACACACGCCUGUGAAGAUCCCGUUCACGGAGGAGCUGCUCAAGAGGAAGAUAGACUGUGGGCAGGAGCCGCCUCUCUGGACCAACGUCACCACUUACAGGCGGCAGAACAACCUACUGUACCCCGUGAAUGUAGCGAGGAACGCCGCCAGGCAGGCAGCGCAGACUUACUUCGUGUUCCCGUCAGACGUGGAGCUGUACCCGUCCAUCAACUUCAUCCCCGAGUUUUUCAACAUGCUGAAGCUUCCGGACAUUUCCAACACCACUAAACCUCGGGUGUUCGUUUUUCAAGUCUUUGAGGUGCAGGAAAAUGUUGCACCGCCCGAAACGAAGGAGGAACUAGUCAGAUUGCUGAAGGAGAAGCAGGCGUUUCCAUUCCACAAGUCCGUUUGUCCCAAGUGUCAUAAUAUCCCUAGAUCCAAAGAAUGGCGUGAAGAUCCCAUUAAGCCUGGCCUGCGUGUUUUCCAUGUGAGCAAGCGUUAUUCGCCUUACGAGUUCUGGGAACCGAAAUACAUGGGCACCAACAAGGAACCAGUGUUCGAUGAGCGGCUCUCCUGGGAAGGCAAGAAUAACAGGAUAAUUCAAGCGUACAUCCUAUGCUUGCUGGACUACGAGUUUCACAUCUUGGACAACGCGUUCUUGGUGCACCGACCGGGGAUCAAGAAGUACCGUUCGAACCCCAUACGCGAUAAACUGAUGGCUAAGCAGAACGCCAUGAUCAAGAAAAUUGUUCCAGAGUACAACGCAAUAUUCGGUGUUCGGAAGGGUUGUUACAUAUGAUCCUUCGCCCUCCUUAGGACUGAGGCGCCACACGUGUUUACAAUGGUGGGGAGGUACAAUGGUGGGGAGGGGAAGAGUGGAGCUUGACAGCACACAGCAGCACGCUUGGCCUUCCUGAUGUGCUGGUGUGACACUCGUGCUUCUGUGCUGUGAAGAGCGAUGGAAUACUCACUCCAAACUGGAAGGGUUUGUGACUUAACGAUAGCAAGCAGGAGAAUGGAGAGUCCCAGGUGUCAUGUUAUUUGCCGAGUUUACCCUGAAAAGGAACACGUUAUCUUAUUUUCCCGUGUUCAGUUUUCCUUUUAAAAGUAUAUUUAUUCUUAGUUAUAAGUUAGUAUAAGGCUUAUCUACUCAUUUUAUAUCAUGUAGUAUUAUUCUCUUCAUAAUCUAAGUUCUUUAUAUGUAUGUAUAUGUAAGGGAAAAGGUGUAUUUGAGGUGGAAUGUGUGGAGGCGAGAGGCGAUACAUAUCCGUCUGGGCGGCGUUCUCAAUGGCUAAAUUUGGGUGGUAUUAUGGUGAUACGUGGAGGUACUGACGAUGUGGUGACAUAACCUUGAUAUCCAGGAUCUCGUUGGUGAGGUUUUUUUUUUUUUUUUGUGGUACCAAGAGCUCUUGUCCGCUGAAAUUUGGUUGGUGAGUUGUGUCGGUGACGUAACGCUGAGGGGUAGCGUGGGAGUGAGAGGCAGCCAUUUUGUGAUUUGGGGUUAUAGUUGUGGCGUUAUUGGUGUCUUCGGGUGUGGUGUUAUGGUGUUAUAGGUGAAUUAUGGUGAUGGUGGUGGUCUUGUGAGGUUUGAGGAGGUGAAAUACGGGAAUUGUUAUUUAGUGACGCGGUGACGCGGUCUGGGGAAAUUCCGGUAGUUGGGGAAAAUAUUCCAGCGGCCUGUGAAGGAGUGAAAUGUUUUGUGAAGUGACGGAAAUGUCAUAUAUUUAUGUGUAUAACCUUUGAGCAAUAAGGGAGGCGAUAUAAGAGCCUGAAUAAAAGGGAAAUGUAUGGUAAUUGAGUGUGGGAAUUAUCUUGUGUUGGUCUAAGGUAGAAAUUUGUUCCCUGAUUUCCUUUAAUGUGUAUUACCUCAAUUUAUUUAUAAAUUAACAUUACUAUUAAUAUAUUCUGUUAUUGUGUAGAA